GAAUUGUCAUUUGGUCUGUCAGGAGCCUGUUCAGCCCUUGGUGGGGACAAACACCCUCCCUCCUAAUGUUCCCCUCCACACUGACAUUCGGUUCAUUUUUGUCUUUUUAGGCUAGAAACCUACUGUAACCCACUGUAACACAAGGUCCAACUGGCUGGACGACCAGACUUUGGGCCUUGGGGGAAAAUGUUGGCUUAGCCAUCACCUUAGUCUGUGAUUUCAAUGUUUGGAAGUUUUAAUUUCGUGUCACGUGGCUGCUUCUCUGUCCGGGAGACAGGAUGAUCAGGGCCCGCCCUAAGAGGAGCUGCUUUCGGGGUCGCCUGGGGCGCACCCGGGCCACGUGGGCUCCUGGGGGGCGGUGGGUAGAAGAAGCUUUGUCCUCGCGCGGACCCCGUCCUCCUCUUCUUCCCGCGGCUGUUCCGCCGGCCUGGAAGUGGCUCCAGGUGCGGCAUUCCGGGCUCGGCGACCACCCGCGCCAGGUGUGCUCGCAGGUCUGGGACCAGCUCUCUCGGCGGCGCCGGUGAGCGGCAGUCGCCGCACAGGGCGGGCUCCCUGCGAGCGGGAGGGAGUCCCGGGCUGCGGCUGGACGCGGCCGUUACUAUAGCAACGCGACGGCAAACGGGCCGCUGGGCCUCCAGCUGCGGGUCGGCUGGCGGCCCAGCCGCGGAGGGAGCUGGCCUGGGCCCGCGCUCCCCUGCUGGCGUCUGCGGGGGGCCGAGCCGUUGGGACCUCGUUUCCCCCGACCGGUGUUUGGGGUGGUCCCUGGCUGCCGUGGUUCGUCUCUACCUCUCACCUCCACCCCAUCUUGGGAUCUGACCUUUUUUCAAAGUUUAAAGUGAACUUACUAUAGGUGGAAUGCUCAUCUGCGGUGACAGUUUGCUGGCAGAGAAUCCUCUUAGGAUUCACGAAAGGCAGUGCGUCGGAGGCUCGAGCUCUUGUACACUGUGCGUGCACCAGAAUGAGUGGAGGACACCAAAAGUCUGCUGAAGUUUGGAGAAAGAGAGCAAACAAGAACAAUAGAAACGACAGUACCUAAUUAAAUCACGUUCAUGUCCACGGUUGUACGCGGUGGACCCUGGAUGCCCUCGUCAAAACAAACUUUUCCAGCGUUCCCAGUAUUAACCCCCAUUGAGCAUCUCUCAUGCAUGAAGAGAAGCCUAGGGCCUGGUUAACUUAAGGACCUCGCCGACAGGAAGCUACAGAUUUUGCCAUCAGCUUACCUUAUCCUUUUUGGUCUGGUUCUUUCCCUCAAACAGUGGAAACGUCGUCCUUUCGAGUUGCUUUUGUUGCGGAGUUAAGGAAAUGGCCGAUAGUGGCACACGGAACAAAAAGCCCACGAAGUGCUCCCACUGCUUGUCCGCCUUUCAGGAAGACGUCCUGUGCCUGUGCUCCUCCGGGGCGGGGCUUUCUCCAGUGUCGGUGGUGGAAAUGUCCGAGACAUCAAGCAUUGGUUGUUCAGACACUUCGAUUUCAAUGGAGAGAAAAAAAGACCAACACAUUAAAGAUAAUUCCUCUGGAAAAGAUGGGCCCUCAAGAACCCCGAAUGUAGAGAGAAAGAUAUCUCAACAACAGUGGAGUCGGGGCAACUUCACAGACGGAAAAGUCCCUCACAUAAGGAUGGACAAUGGAGCUGCUAUUCAGGAAAUCUAUACAUUUGGAAGAGUAUUGGGAAAAGGGAGCUUUGGAAUGGUCAUUGAAGCAACGGACAAGGAAACAGAAACUAAGUGGGCAAUUAAAAAAGUGAACAAAGAAAAGGCUGGGAGCUCUGCUGUGAAGUUACUCGAACGGGAGGUGAACAUCCUAAAAAUCGUGAAGCAUGAGCACAUCAUACAUCUGGAACAAGUGUUCGAGACGCCCAGGAAAAUGUACCUGGUGAUGGAACUUUGUGAGGAUGGAGAACUCAAAGAAAUCCUGAGUAAGAAAGGGCAUUUCUCAGAGAAUGAGACGAGGUGGAUCAUUCAAAGCCUUGCAUCAGCGAUAGCGUAUCUUCACAACAAUGAUAUAGUACAUAGAGAUCUAAAACUGGAAAACAUAAUGGUUAAAAGCAGCUUUAUUGAUGCUAACAAUGAAAUGAACUUAAACAUAAAGGUGACUGAUUUUGGCCUAGCGGUGAAGAAGCAUGGUGGGAGCGAGGCCAUGCUGCAGACCACGUGUGGGACUCCCAUGUAUAUGGCCCCUGAGGUCAUCAACGCCCACGACUACAGCCAUCAGUGCGACAUCUGGAGCAUAGGGGUCAUCAUGUACAUUUUGUUAUGUGGAGAACCGCCCUUUAUGGCAAGCUCAGAAGAGAAGCUUUUUGAGUUAAUAAGAAAGGGAGAACUACAUUUCGAUGAUCCAGUUUGGGAUUCCAUAAGUGAUUGUGCCAAAAGUGUUUUGAAACAACUUAUGAAAGUAGAUCCUGCUCACAGAAUCACAGCUAAGGAGCUACUGGAUAACCAGUGGUUAACAGGUAAUACACAUUCUUCAGCGAGACCAAUCAAUGUCUUAGAAAUGAUGAAAGAGUGGAAAAACAAUCCAGGGAGUGAUGAAGAAAAUGUGGCAGAGCAAAAGAACAAGUGGUCCAAUCAAGAAAAGUUGCAAGUUUCCCAACUCAGCAGACCCGGCGGAGCUGCCCACGAUGUUGCCUGUGCCUCAGAUGAAGACGAGGAGAAACAGCCCACUGCUGACAAAAAGAAACUUCCCGUGACCAGUAAGAAGGGAAACACGGAGAACCUGGACUCAAGCAGUGCAAGCUCCACGUCCAGCAAACUCCUUCCAGCCGGAAUCAAGGGAGAACUAGAGAAAACCUCUGUGACUUCCAGCCACGUAACAACCAACAAAUACACUCCUAAAUCCUACGCCCUGCCCAGAACCAAAAAGAAACUCUAAGGUUCCCUCCAACACUGAUUAGCACGAAAACAGAGCUGCUCUUCCUAGUGCUAAAAUGAGGGGGUAGGAUGUGUAAAGGACCAGCGCUACAUGAGCUUUUAGCUCCACCAAGCCUAGCAGUGUGCUUGCACCAGUUUAGAAUUGAAGCUAGUUACCUCCAAGCAGCGUGGUGUCGAAGGACAGCCCCUCGCAGGCUUGAUGGCGGGGCUGCGGUGGAAACCGGUGCAAGGCCCUUGGAGGGUUGUUUAGAGGAGCAGGCGCCCUCGGAGCAGGGCUGUGGGCAUGCCUGCCCAGUUUUACUUCACGUUCUUAGAUUUCAGCACGGUUCUUUACAGGGGAAGCGAGAGCCACACGUGGUGAUGGAAGUUCCUAAUAAUUAUGUGCACUUUGCACUAAAAGACUUUGUUAGGAAAUCACUAAUAAACUUACCACGGGCAUAACAGCAGAUGUGCCUCGGCCAUUCACGUGUGUUCUUGUGAUGGUAGGUUGCUAUAGAUUGUUUAACACAAUUUAAAUGUAGAAAAAUAGGAGAUUUUAUAACUGCUUGUCAUUAACUUGCUGCUAAAUUCCCAAUGUAUUGAUUGACUCAAUAAAAGACAGAUGUUACCCAUG